CAUCACUGACUGCAACAUAGUGAUAGCACCGAGGCUGCUUCCACUCGGGAAUAGCAUCAUAAAAGCUCCCAGAUGGCGUCAAACACGAGAUCACGGAUCCAGGCUCCGGCUGGGCGAAUAUACGGCUCAUCGCCAGCUCCACAGCAAGCACAGUUUCCCGCCCGACGCCGCGUAGUCAAGACGUACGGCCGCAAAAGCAAAACAUCCUCGGCCCGCGCACUGCGACAGCAGACCUUGACCCAAAUCGACUAUGUGAGGCCGCCCGGGUCAGGAGACGACGCCGAUGCCUUGCUUGUCGACAAAAAACGUUCCCAGAAGCGCAGAAAGACGAUGGGCGACACGCCCAACUCGUCAUUUCACACCCAGACUCUUACACAGUUUCUCUCCGGGGGAGGCGCCGGCGCUAGGGACGAUGACGACAUGUUGCUGAUUAAGGACUCGGAAGACGAAGAAGACGAAUCCGCAGGCGGGGGUGACGAUGGCGGCAGCGAUGGUGAGGCCGAGGGCGGUCUACUAACAUUUUCGUCUGGCGCUACCUUGGGCAAGCGGAACGCAGGAGAGGAACCACGCGCUGGACGGCCCUCGUCGGCGCCACAGACACCGUCUCACAAGAGGAUCAAAGUCAACCUGGAUGAGAUUCCCUCCUCUCAGCCAACCCCUUUUACCCCAAUGUUGGACAGAUACAGUCCAAUGCCAGGCAGGUCGCCCCUUGAAGAGAAAUCGACCAACAUCAAUGCUCCGUCGCCCAUACUGGAGUCCAUGUCCAAGAGACCCCGGAACUCGGUGAUUCAAGACUCAUAUAGUCCCGGUAGCCGUCUCUCGUCAUCUCUACCCGCAUCAUCGCCAGUUAAGGAGACCCCCUCCAGGAGACCGUAUCGCCAGCCACUUGCAGAAAUUCCAAUGCCAAGUUUUGAUCUCGGCGACAAUUCUGUCUUGCCCAGAGCAAAUACAUUCACAAGACCUCACACAGGGGAUAUGGAGGCUGUCUUUGGGGAAAUACCCGAUUCAGACGAUGAACUCGACGCUUUCAGUCCCUCACCACUUAAAGCCAGUUCCGUCCAUCAAACAUCUCAGCUACCUCUAAACGCAACCCAGAAUUCCCGCCAUGUGUCAGCCCUCAGCCGAAUUCUAACCGCCGGCGAGUCCAUAGAUACGUCUACAAGCAACGUCGGUGCCCCUACCACACUGACCCCGGCCCCGCGAGUUCAGAUGCAACCCGUAUCUUCCAGUGCCAGGGAGGCCGGCGGCGAACCUGCUUCACCAACCACAGCCAUUCGGCGAGUCCAACUGCAGCUGCCAUCUUCAAGUUCCAGAGUUGUUGCGGGUCCUAGUACGCCGACUCUGCCCCCUCGCCGAGUGCAGAUAGAACUGCGUCAAUCGACUCCCGGCGAGGUGUUUGAAGAGACGCCACGGCCGCUCCGGAAAAUGGCGUCCCCAUCUCUUCCGCGGCACACCCAAGGCAAGCUUCAAGGCAAAUCUCAGAGCAGGUCUCAGGCACGAUCUCAGUUCUACAGCCAAGGCUUGGAGAGCCAAAGAGUUCCUCUAGAGGUCAUUCGCUCCUUGGGCCCGCAGACGGACCGCUCGGAUAUUCUCAUCUCAAUUCACCCAGAACCCGCGGAUGCGAUUGUCGAGGGCACGAAAGACCACGAGUUCCGUAACUACAAGUUCCCGUUGCAGGUUUGCCGCUGCUGGAUUUAUGUUACACGCCCAGUGGCCGAAGUCAGGUAUAUGGCCGUUCUAGGGCCCGCAGAAGAACCGGGACAGAUCGACAGUGAAAGUGGUAUCGGCAACGCAGAGUUCAACGAGGGCACAUUAGGCUUCAACUUCGCGCACAAGUUGGUGCAGGUGUACGAGCUCAACAACCCGGUUCCCCUGGCAUCUAUGAAGGACAAUGGGCUCGGAGAUAACCCGCCCCAGAAAUACAGAUACGUACCGCCGGCCAUUGUGGGUCAACUUCUGGCGAACCUGCGUUGUGCUCUCUUCGCCGGUGGGGACGAAGACGACGAGGCAGGUCUAGAAGAAUGGGACGAAGACGGACUGGGCGGUGUGAGCAUCUCACAGGAACUCGAAGAACAGAUUCGCAGCGAUAUAAUUCAAUCGACACAGAUGGUGCCGUCAUCCUCGCAAACGGGCCUGGGGCGCGAGCAUGUGAUCCCAGCAAGCCAAGAACCGAUUCAGACGGUGGCCAAAAAGUUUCCAUCGGCAAUAGUUACUACUGCUGUUAAUGCGGCGACUGCGACACCUGGAGGAGUUUUCGCACGACCAGCGUUACUAACUGCUAGGACAAGAUCAAGCAGCCGUAUCCGGAGCCAGGAGCAGCACCAACAGCAGAGGACAACGCCAUCUCGCAAGGCGGCCGUGAUUUCUCCUUUCCGGCCGUCUCAGGCAACGACCGCAAGCGGACCGUCAAGCCCUAGCCCUGCAGUCUCCGAGACGGGAGGGGAGGAGGAAGGCAGGGAAGAUACAUUGUCUGCCCCGACAAGGCCGAUGCCCGGUUCAAGUGGAUCAUCUCUACUUCUGAUCAACAAUGAGGCAGACGAGGACGGCGGAAGUUUAGUCAGACUCCCUUCCGGAGCCAGGGGCAUCAACCUGUCGUCGCAAGUAAUAAUGCCAGACAGUUUAUUGGUAGACGACGUCAGGCAACCGCCGGUCAUUUGGGGCUCGGAAGAAGACAUAGACGACGAUGAGAUUGAGUGGUGAAAAGUAAUGCGAUGAUGAUUUGGCUGAGGUUCCGGGGCCGAUAUGGGCCGCGCUAUCCCUGGCUUCUUACUAUAUGGGGGUGGCGCCCAGAACCCGGGAUCCACGGAUCUAAAUAUUCUACAGGCUC